UUUCUGUGCCACAUAAAUGGUAGGCUUGUUAGAUUUCCUGUAUGGUCGACUUGGUCAUUGAAAAUGCAACACCCAAAUGCUUAUAACUCUCUGCGAGGAAUUUAACGUUGACGGGUCUCUCUUUCUCUCUCCUUCGUUUUUUUGUGGGUAUGGGACACCGUUCGUGAUGGUCAAUUCUGCAUAAUAGUGAUUAUGAGCUGGGAAAGACACAAGCUACUUUUUUUUAUCACAACAAAGAUUCCAUUUACCCGUUGCUUUUUGUUCACUUUGGUUGAUGAACUGGGUGUUCAUUAGCACUCGGUAGUGGUUCGGAAGAUAAUCCUAUGUGUUUUCAAUACCUAGUAUGUUUGAUGAUUCCGUAGUAAUCUGAUUUGGCUAAAGGGAAAAGGAAAGGAAUUGGCAGAGGAGGAUUUGGUUCUUAAUUAUCAUCGUAAUUCGAGCUCUAGAACACUCCAAAUGAGAACAGGUAUUGGUGAAGAAAGGGAGACGUUACCAAAUCCCCGCUCCUUUCAGGUACAUAGUAAAAUGUGCAUAGAACUCAUGAAAUUAAUGGAUAGAAUCUCAAAGAUAUUUCCAGAAAUAGAGGCAGCACGGCCACGAUGCUCAUCAGGAAUCGAGUCCCUGUGUUUGCUGAAUAAUGCAAUUGGUAAAGCCAAACUACUUCUGCAACAUUGCUCCGAAUGCAGUAAACUCUACCUGGCUGUGACAGCGGAAUCUAUACUCUCUAGAUGCCAAAAGGUAACAAGAUCAUUAGAGAAAAGCUUAAUUCAGAUGCAGGAUAUGGUUCCAGUUAUGUUGGCUGUAGAGGUUUCUAGAAUAAUUGAUGAUCUGGAGUGUGCAACAUUUGUUUUGGACCCUGAUGAAGAAGAGGCUGGGAGGGUUGUGACAGAGGUGCUUACUUCAACCUCAGAUUCAGUCAAUGAUUCUGAAGUUCAAGCCCUUCAAUUUGCGGCAUCACGACUGAAUAUAACAACCCAAAAGGCCAUCGUAACAGAGCAACGAUCUAUUAAGAAGUUACUAGAUAAAAUUGGACCAAAUGACCUGAAAAAAAAAAAGAUACUGAGAUAUCUUCUGCAUCUACUGAAAAAGCAUGGAAAGCUCAUGGUGGGAGAACGGGUGGAGAAUGACUAUUCUCGCUCUGAAGAAAAAGUUGCAACUGAGAACUCUAGUCACGAUUCUCUAAGAAGCCAUAAUGCUGAGUCAGACCUAUGCUUGAACUAUGGUCAGAAUGGAAUUCACACCAAUGAGUUGGGUGGAGUUACACUUGCACCCCUUGAGGAAUAUAAGUGCCCAAUAUCAUCAAGGUUGAUGUAUGAUCCUGUUAUCAUUGCUUCGGGAGUAACAUAUGAAAGGAUGUGGAUUAAAAAGUGGUUUCAAGAGGGUAAUGUUAUAUGCCCAAAAACCAGAAAGAAACUACCCCAUAUGGCACUAACUCCAAACAUUGCAAUGAAGGAUUUAAUAUCAAAGUGGUGCAGCAAUAAUGGGGUCUCCAUACCUGACCCAAGUAGACAAGCACAAGAUUUACGUUCAUGGGAAACUUCUAACACUUCCAUUAAGAGUUUAGGAAGUUACUUCAAUGAUUUUAAUGUGCCAGUGGAUCUAAGUAACAUGUCACUUGGAUCACUGGAUGCUAGUUAUGAUUCAGAUGCCUCACAUGGUAGGACCAAUCGUGGCUCAAAUUUGGAGUUGAUGAAGAGCAGUGACAAGUCUCACAAAAAUCGAGCUCAUACAGAGAUACAUGAUACAGAUUUGAUGCUCUUGCCUAAACUCCAUGAUCUUCAAUGGGAUUCUCAAUGCAAGGUCAUUGAAGAUCUUAAAGAUCAUUUGAAAAGCAAUUGCCAAGCUGUUGUUUCUGUGUCUCCUGAAAAUUUCAUUGAACCACUGGUCAAAUUUCUGAGCAAUGCAUAUCAUGUGCAUGAUGUUAAAGCGCUAAUAGCUGGAACUCAGCUUCUGUUGGAAUUUGUGAACAACUGCAGAAAUGGCAAGACUAAUUUGAAUGAAGAUACGUUCAUUAUGUUAGCAAGUUUUCUUGAUUCAGAUGUGAUAGGAGAAACUCUAACCAUAAUGGAAGAACUCUCUGGAUAUGGGUUUAGUAAAGCUAAAAUUGCAGCAUCCAGUGCUCUCAUUUCUGUUUUAAAUAUACUUGAUUCCGAUAACAAAGGUUUCCAACAACAAGCUAUUAGAAUAAUGUUCAAUUUGUCCUUCAGUGUUGAAGUUUGUCCCCGCUUGAUAUCUCUCAAGUGCAUCCAAAAAUUGUUGCCAUUUUUUCAAGAUAGGACCCUUUUGAGAUACUGUAUAUAUAUAUUGAAAAAUCUUUGUGAAACUGAAGAGGGUAGGAAUUCUGUUACUGAAACAAAGGGAUGCAUAUCUACUGUUGCUGAAAUACUUGAAACAGGCAAUAAUGAGGAACAAGAACAUGCACUAGAUGUUCUAGUCUCUUUAUGCUCUCAACGUGUGGAUCAUUGUAAGUUGGUAAUGGAUGAGGUUAUCAUCACUCCUCUUUUCUAUAUCUCCCAGAAUGGUAAUGAUAAAGCAAAGGAAAGUGCAUUGGAACUGCUCAAUCUUUUGAGAGAUGCUAAGUAUGUUGAGAAUCAAGGUUCCCCUGAACCAAGUAUCAACAACACUUCUCAAGAUUCUAAUAGUCACCAUGAAGAAAAUAAAUCAUCAAAGAUGUCAUCAUUUCUGAAGAAAUUAUCACCUUUCUCAAAGUCCACUACCAAAAGAUGAAAAUGAUUUAAGCCCACAUUAUCCUUGUGAUCUUAUUACGGGGACAAUUGAUCACGUGCCUGAUAAGAGCCAUUUUGAAUUGCUGGAUAGCAGGAAAGUUCUGUAGAUGGAGCCUUAAUCUUUGUGGUUAUGUCAUAUGUGGGUCUUGCCUUUUCCAGCACUUAAUUGCGGCAUUUUUAGCUUUAAAUAUUCAUUCACAAUGCAUCUGCUGCUUAAUUUUGCACUGUAACAGCAGGCUGUGUGAUGAUGUAUAUAGUUGUGCUUAGGACUUUUUAUUUUGACAUUUGAUAGUUAAUAGUUUUUUAUUUCUCUUUUCCCUAUACAUACUAGAGACCAGUUAGCAAUUACACAUUUUUUGUUUAUUCCUAUUGUAAAUGUAUAUUUAACACUUCAAUAUUUUGAGUACUGAAUGUAAUAUAGAUAGAUAUCAGUGUAACGAAGGUGCUUGACAAUAUUUUAAACUUUUUUUUAAAAAAAUUUGUGAGUACUAUUACAUAUUUAAUGAUUGCGCAAUCGUAUAGAUUUGUUUAUAAAAUACAAUACAUU